CGGUGAGGCCCUCCAGGGCCGGAGACUGUGGCGGGGCCACGGAGAGGGCGUCACGCCGCCGGCUGCCUCUUCUGUCUGGCUGGCUUCUGCCCUGAGGCGCGCUGAACUGGGCGUGGAGAAGCAGCCCAGGCGCCAGAAGAGCCGGGGCCUGGGCGGGAAGGGCCACCAUGCGCCCGGGCAGCCUCCUGCUCCUCCUCCUGGCAGGGCUGGGGGGGCCAGAAGCGGGCAGGCUCCGGCGCUGCGGCUCGUCUCCCGCCUUGCCAGCCUACAUGAGGGCGCUCUACCGGGGCGCCCUUCCCCGCGCGGACGUCGUCCGGAGCCUGCGGCCGCACGGUGUCCAUAAAGUAGGACAGAAAUGGAACAUCAUUUUCAACCUUCCUGUUGCUCAAGGAGAGGAGCUGCAGUUGGCUGAGUUACGACUCCACGUCUCCAGGCCUGGGAGAAACUUUCCCUCGGCCAGUGAUCCAGUCUGGGUAGACUUAUUUCAUCAGCAGGACACAAGUUGCCAAAAUCAUCACAACUGCCCACACAUUGUCCACUUGGGCUCCUUUAUGGUGCCCCCACCAUUCCCUUCAAGCUGGAUAGUCGUGGAAGUCACACAGCAGCUCUCCAAGUGGUUCACCGAUAGCAGCUCAGUGAAGGAAUCGUUUCAAAAUGAUCCAAUAAAGUGGAACAACGAACACGGUCUCAGGAGAGUGACCAGCCUCUGUAGGUCUGCUGACAAAAAGGCAUUCUUGGUGCUUUUCUCCAGUUUUUCCAAAGGAGGGGGAGAAAGUAGCAGCUCAACCUUGCUCCAAACAGCGACAAGCUCAAAAUAUUUUAUACACAGGACUUCCAAAGACAUCAUACCCAACUGGGGCACAAAGAGACACAGGCGUCACAAGAAGCUCCUCAACUCAUCUUUACCAAGCUCAGAAGAAGCUGAGUAUGGAGGCCUGUGCCGCAGAGUCGACUUCCAUGUAGAUUUUGAUCAGAUAGGCUGGGGCUCUUGGGUUGUAUACCCAAAGCAGUACAAUGCCUUUCGCUGUGAGGGGAAAUGUCCUGUCCCACUGGAUGAGGGAUUCCAGCCUACAAACAAUGCCUACAUACAGAGUUUGCUGAAAUAUUUUCACCCCAAACGAGUCCCGGCCUCUUGUUGUGUACCCGUGAGAUUGCGACCGCUAAGCCUGCUCUACUACGAAGAAGGAAAGCUAAGUCUCAGCCACCAUGAAGAUAUGAUUGUAGAAGAAUGUGGCUGCCACUGAGGAAGGUGCAGAGGUUAGCAAAGCCUUCUUUUCUGUUCCACAAAGCAAGAUCAGCUUCUGCGGAGAAGACACGUCAUUUGACAAGACAGCUCUUGAGCUUUUGAUCUGUAACAAGCUGUUGUUAAAGCAACAUGAUGAAUCUAACAUGGAAAACAGCCAGCUCUUGCAAGCAAAGUGUUUUGUCUAUAACCGCAAUCAAUCCUUUUGACUGAAGGCAACAAUGAGAAUCUGAUAUAGCCAGAUUCCAAGGCUGGCUUCCUAAAGAGCACUGCAACUGAUACACAGAGAGCUAGAAUUUUUGUAUCUGAAGAUAACCUUCUCCCCAACCCAACAUUCCUAUAGUAAAGUGGUUUCUGAAUGCA